AUGUCUGAAUCAACAACGGUAGAUGAAUUGUCUGAUACUGACGCAACAACAACAUCUGAACAACCAAGAAAAUAUCUUCGUCGAAAUGAUGAUAUUAGUAUUGGUGUAACAACUCGUUCUCGACAACGUGAGCAAGAUAAGAAAAAUAAAGAGUCUGAACCAUCGGAAUCAACAUCAACUGAUCAAAUGAUGUCAAACACACUUAAUACUGCUCCAUCAAUAGAACAAUGUGCUAUAUGUAUGGAAAAUUUUGUUGCACAAGAAGUUGGUAUACCAGAAAAUUGUGAACAUUCAUUUUGUUUGCCUUGUAUUAUUGAAUGGGCUAAAAAAAAUAAUUCAUGUCCAAUUGAUCGUAUAGCUUUUCGUCGUAUUUUCAAAAAACAUUCAUUUACUUGUUCAAAACCAUAUGAUUCUAUGAAAGUCAAAGAUAAUCGUACAGAAAUUCAAUUAGAAGAUGAUUUUCUUGAAAUGAUUGAUGAUGAUAUAACAUGUCGUGUUUGUGGUGGAGAUGAUCAAGAAGAUCUUUUAUUAAUAUGUGAUGAAUGUGGUAAUGGUUAUCAUACAUUCUGUUUGGAAUUACCUGGUGUUCCUGAAACACCAGAAUGGAUGUGUCCAUUAUGUGAAGUUGAUCAAAUAUCAGCUGAUGAAAAUUUAUAUGAAGAUAGUGAUAUUGAAGAACUUCAAGAGAUACUUUUUGAUGAUACAUUAAAUACAACUGAAACUGAUACUGAGCUUGCUGAUACUACUAUGCCUGUUAGACAAGCACGAGUACGACAAACAGCACGUAUGAGAACUGGUGGUGUACGUAAUCAACGUACAACAUCACCAAAUACAAGAUCACGUCGUCAUCGUCGUCAACGACAACCAAGACGACGACGUAUACCAAAUACAAGACGAUUAACAUUAAUGGAACAACAACGACAACGUCAAAGACGUCAACGACAAGUUUAUAAUAAUGUCAAUCGACGAAUAGAAAAUGUUAAUACAAGAACAAGAGAUGGUUCAACAUUAACUACUUCACAAAGUUUUACUAAUCGAAAUGAUACACCACGAGUAUCUAUAUUUAAUGGUGAACCAAUUGCUCUAGAAGAUGAACCAUCAACAUCAACAACGACAACAAGAACUAUGUUGCCAACAAACCGAUCUAUAAUUUCACCAAAUGAAGCAGCUCGUCGAAUAGCUGCAAGUGGCAUACCAAUAUUAGCUCGUAGUCAUACAGAACCAUCAAUAAGUCGAGAAUUAAGUGUGAGACGAACAACACCAACACUUGAUCGUGUACCAUCACGAACAAUUCGUCCACCAACACAACCACGAAUACCUAUUAAUCAAUUACCACGUAUUCAACGUCGAGCUGAUGCACCACUUCGAUCACGUCCAACACCACGAUUACCAUCACCACCACCAACAACAACAACUCAAACAUCACAUUCAACAUCAUCAAAUGUUCCAUCAUUUCUUGAUAAUCUUCUUAAUUCUCAACAACGUCUUCAUAAUUUACAAAAUGUUCGGAUAAAUGGACCACAUAUUGAAAUAUCGUGA